AUGCCGUCUGUUCCAUUCGCGACAUUUCUCAUCAUUUGCCCCGUCUCCUUCUUCCUAGGCAUCAUCUUCUCGCUCUUUCCCUACGACUAUCCGCUCCUGUGGUCCUCGCUGCCAACGCCCGAUUCGCAUUUCGACGCGGUCGAGACCCAUUUAAAGCUGUUGCACAAUGCGCCGAACUUGAUUGUAAGGAUCCUACACAUCAUGCUCAGCAUGGGUAUUCUGGGCCUUGUGAUCAAGCUCUACAAGCCGAGCGAGUCUAACAUGCUGUUCGACGGCGGCAGUCUGGUCCUCUACAUGGUUGCGGUAAUCGUGUACAUUGCCAACAUCAUCAAGGGCCUGAGGAUUGUCGAUGUAGGGACGUACGGCUUGGGUUUGCAGGACCUGACCGAGGAUCAGCGCGAUAACGUGGAUUUGUCCGGCUAUGAUGCGGACACCGGCGAUAGUGUGCUGGGAAGAGAGGACAAUCUCAAAGUCCUGGCCGCGAGCAACACCAUCCUUGCGUUGGUGCUCGUUGGAGUCUUGGUCUUGCAGAUUGGCCAAUGGUACGCUGAGCGCAGCGAGGAGCGGGCCAACAAGGAUUCCAAAGCCAGGAAGAAGGCGGAGCGGGAGAAGAAGGAAAGCGAGGCUGCUGCGGCACCUGUCAAGAGACAAAGCAGUGCGCGGGAGGGGAAGAAGACAAAAUGA